AUGAGUUUUGGCGCAUACUUUGGUAGAUCCUAUCGAAAAGGUGUGGUGAUAUGGAUGCCUCACUCCGUGACCUCAGUAGCGCGAAGAAGCAUAUUCAUAACUAGUAACAGCAGGAGGAAUAAGAAGAAAGAACUAGAAAGAGACAAAAUCGAUAGAUUUAUUAACAGAGAUGCGGAAAGGAAACUGAGAGAGCAAGAAACGAUGUAUAGAAAUAAAUUGAAGGAGUUGAAACUACUUACUCAAAGUGUGUCCGAAAGAAUAAAACGGAAAGAAGAAGACGCAAUGAAACUGACUGCGGUCGAUCAUAUCGAAGUAGAAAGGGACUCUGAAAUUUUAUAUAAAAACCUUCAGCCCUGUGAUGAGCCUCGAGGUAUUGCAAAUCCGCAGGCAUCUUUGCUCAACAAAGAAUUUAGGCCUGAUGCGUAUUCUUUAGUAGUUCCAGCUGUUUCUGUGCCAGAUUCAAUAUCACGAAAGAUUGGAAUUGCCCUCAAGUACCUUGUCUCAAAAAACGAUCAACGUUGGGAUCUCGUAUUGCAGCAGCUCAGUGAAAGUGGCGGCUUUACAGAGAUUCCGCGUAAAGAUGUCAAAUAUUUCAUAGAAAACAUUCCCAGAAGAUAUAUACUGUCCCUCAUUCCCCAGUUGGAAAAUAUGAUGAGCGAUGCAGGUAUCAAGUCAUCUCCCAGCAUAAUUAAUAGCUUUAUAGAAGGUAUUUCUGCUGGGUCUGUUCUCUCUGAUCAAAGCAUUAAAAAGAUUGAAGAAUUCUCUCAGCAAAUAAGGUCAAUCAGUAAAACGAAGAAGUUACCUAGGCGGACAUACGAACUUCUUAUAAUGGCUUAUGGAAAAAACAACAAUCUUGAGAAGAUAAAUUCUUGCUUAGCGGAAAUGAAGAAAGAUGGGCUUCAGCCGUCUUCCCAGACGUUUGUUAAUAUCCUCUCGACUUGCGUUUACAAGGCAAAUGACCACAAGCAAGCAGUAGAAAUCUUUGACUCGAUGAAAUUUUUGUCUGUGAAGACAAACCCAGAUACAUCGUCUUAUCAACACAUCAUAGUCUCAUAUGUUAAUAAUGAUAACAUAGAGAAGGCACUAGAUUUAUAUCAGGAAAUGAUUUCAAAAGGUAUACCACUAAAUCAGGAGAUAUUAAUAGCUCUUGCCAGAGGUUGCUCAUCCAGACCUCGUUUAAGCUUAAAAUCAUGGGACUUUGUUUUUGAUAUUUAUGAGAAUGGGUGGGAGCCCACUUUAGAAACUUUUGAAUAUAUCAUUUACCUCGCGGCUCGAUCUGGAGAUCUUCCAAUGACAAGGGCCUUGUAUUUUAAACUUAAUGAAUCCAAAUCCAUAUCUUCGAAAGCUUUUUCAUUCUUGUUGUUAGCAUACUCAAAAAGUAGGGUGAAGUUAAAGGAGGUAAACGAGCCUCCCAAUUUGGUAUAUCAUGAUAAAGGUAGAAUUUUCAGAAAGAAUAUAUUAUCAGAUGUGAACUACCUAGUGAAGAUUAAUCCUCAUGAGCAAGGUCCACCUUUUCUUCCUAAGCUUGAUCUUAAUACGAAAGAAGAGAUAUUAGCAGAAUCGAGCGCUGUCUGGACACAUGCUAUGAUUCAACAUCCCAACUUUAUCAAUAUAAAAAGCGCAAACACAUAUUUGAAUAUAGCAGCAGAAAUGGGUACUUUGAAGGACUUUAGGGAUAGAUUCGAAAGUACAACUUUCCUAGACAGAUCAAGUUUGCCGGAGGAUAAAAGCAUAAUUGUGGAGGAACCGUCUGAGUCCGUUUUUUCUGAGAAAGAGAAGAUUGGAACUCUAGAUGCUCAAGGAAGUGUCGAUAUAAAAAACAUGCCGAUUUUUUCGCAACAUAGUAUGAAUGGUCGCAAGGUAGCACGUUCUUCUUUAACAUAUGUCAUCGCAAUAAAAGCUGCUGGAAACUUUAAAAAUUACAAUUUUGCUCAAAAGAUAUGGUCCGAAAGGGGGACUUUUCGUAAAACUUCAUCUUUCAAAGUACUUUCACGACUUGAAAAAGACGUUUUGGAUUUUCAAUUCGCAAGUGCAAUGGUCUCCUGUUUGACCAAAAUGAACUUACUUGAUGAUGCCGAGGCGAUACUUCUCAGUACGGAAUAUCAAUUCAAGUGGAAAUGGAAAGAAUUGAAGGAGCUUCAUAAGGCUGCUGUUGAAGUCGGAAAUGAAAAGCUCUGCAAAACAGUCAGAAACGUUGCCCGAAGAGCACAAAUCAAUUUUGAAGGUAAAAUAAGACGUAAAGAUUUCAAGAGAUAUCUUAUGGAAAGAGGAUACUAA